AUGUACAGCGCCGCAGGUAUUGUGACACAAAACAAAGCCCAGUUACCGGCCAAGGUCGAUGGGAUCAUGGGGCUCUGGUACUAUGCCACUGGUAGUGCAGUCCCCAUCCUGAAUGUCCUUCGCAACAACACAUUGCUGUCACGCAACAUGAUCGGCAUCUGGCUGCAGUCGACGACUCCCAACGGACAAUCGGGUGGUUCAGCAGGAGGGGAGAUCACCUUUGGAGGCGUCGAUACGACCAAAUUCCAUGGCGAGAUCACCUAUGUCAACUGUGCAGGCGAGCGACCGUGGAGUAUCCCUGUAGGCGGAAUCACGGUUGGAAGUACAAAGAUCAAUGUUAAUAGAGCGCUAGCCGCGAUUGACACGGGCACAACGGCUAUGCUGGUCCCCCGAGUCAUUUCUGACGCCAUUAACGGCGCCAUCCCCGGUGCUAUCAGAGUGACGACACAAGAAGGGCGUUGGUACAUGCCAUGCAGCGGCGACACGGUUGUCACAAUGACCUUUGGUACCCUCACAUUCCAGAUUCCUUACACCCACUUGGCACUUCAAUCUGAACGGUCCAAGACUCAACAGGGGGAUUACUGUCUGAGCGCGGUCAUGUUUCCUUCAGGAUCGAAUGUACCAUAG